AUGGUUUACGCUCUAUCUGAUGCUCACAAGAAAAUGGUCAUGUCUCACUUAAGUGAAACUGAUCCAGCUUUGGAAUCCAUCAUCAAAGCUGAAGUCGAAAGACAAAAGCAUUCCAUCGAUUUAAUUGCCUCUGAAAAUUUCACCUCUACUUCUGUCUUUGACGCCUUAGGAACUCCAUUAUGUAACAAAUAUUCUGAAGGUUAUCCAGGUGCUCGUUACUACGGUGGUAACGAACAAAUCGACAAGAUCGAAUUAUUAUGUCAAGAAAGAGCCCUUAAGGCCUUUAACGUUACUCCUGACAGAUGGGGUGUUAACGUCCAAACUUUAUCUGGUUCUCCAGCCAAUUUACAAGUUUACCAAGCUAUCAUGAGACCUCACGAAAGAUUAAUGGGUCUUUACUUACCAGAUGGUGGUCAUUUGUCUCAUGGUUAUGCCACUGAACAUAGAUCUAUCUCUGCCGUUUCCACUUAUUUCGAAUCUUUCCCAUACAGAGUUAACCCAGAAACAGGUAUUAUUGAUUACGACACUUUAGAAAAGAAUGCCAUCUUAUACAGACCAAAGGUCCUUGUUGCUGGUACUUCUGCUUAUUGUCGUUUGAUUGACUACAAGAGAAUGAGAGAAAUUGCUGACAAAUGUGGUGCUUAUUUAAUGGUCGAUAUUGCUCAUAUUUCUGGUUUAGUCGCUGCAGGCGUUAUCCCAUCUCCAUUUGAAUACGCUGAUAUUGUUACCACCACCACUCACAAAUCUUUGAGAGGUCCUCGUGGUGCCAUGAUCUUCUUCAGAAGAGGUGUUAGAUCUGUCAAUGCCAAGACUGGUAAGGAAAUUUACUACGAUUUGGAAAACCCAAUUAACUUCUCUGUCUUCCCAGGUCAUCAAGGUGGUCCACAUAACCAUACCAUUGCUGCAUUAGCUACCGCUUUGAAGCAAGCCGCCUCCCCAGAAUUUAAAGAAUACCAAUUGCAAGUCUUGAAGAACGCUAAGGCUUUGGAAUCAGAAUUCAAGAAGUUAGGUUACAGAUUAGUUUCUGAUGGUACUGACUCCCAUAUGGUCUUGGUUUCCCUAAGAGAAAAGGGUAUUGAUGGUGCUCGUGUCGAUUACGUUUGUGAUAAGAUCAACUUGGUCUUAAAUAAAAACUCUAUCCCAGGCGAUAAAUCUGCUUUGGUCCCAGGUGGUGUUCGUAUUGGUGCUCCAGCUAUGACCACCAGAGGUAUGGGUGAAGAGGAUUUCCAUAGAAUUGUUCAAUACAUCGAUCAAGCCGUUCAAUUCGCUAAGGAUGUUCAACAAAACUUGCCAAAGGAUGCUAACAAAUUAAAGGAUUUCAAAGCUAAGAUUGAUCAAGGUUCUGAUGUCUUGACCAACUUGAAGCAAGAAAUCUACAAUUGGGCUGGUGAAUAUCCAUUGGCUGUGUAA